AUGGUCUCUCAACGCCGAAAUGCCAAGUCGAAGAAGUCAAAUGAAACCGUUUCGACUGCUGUGGAGCCGACUUCACCUUCUGCUGUUACGACAAGCAAUUCUCAAGAGGAUGAAGGUCUUCAAACCCUUUUCUACAGAAGAUUCGUAGCGGAUAUUAUUAUGGCUUUCAAAGUGCUGCGAGCUGAGGUUUGGGCGGCAUAA